UUUCAUACCGAUAACUUAUCGUUUUAUGGGAUGAUUCUUCAUCUCUCCCUGGAUAACUGGCCAUAUUUAUCAUUAGACUCUCUAUAUCUCCAGCCAGCGAAGAAAUCCCAACUAAGAGCAUUGGCUGGCUCACGAAAUUGCUUCUUCUCACCAAUCAACUGUGUGAUUACUCACGACGUCUCCACAUACAGGAAGUUGGCUGGAACUCGUUGA